AGUCACUUUUGAGUGCCAUCGGGAGCCUCGAAGCUGCCCAGCGCAUGACCGGCGAGAUGAAUAGCACAUGUCCACUGGCCAGAGAGCUCCAGAAGCUUCUGGUGAUCGUGUUUCAUGUUGCUGAUCAGUGUGCCGAUCCGAGGUAUGCUGAGGUACCUUCAACUUGAGCCAAAGGCGAUUUGCACGGUGCACACACUCACGCUAGAUGCCUCUGCUAGACUGGCGGAGCUCUCGACGGCAUUGCAUCAAAACAUCAAGGAUUUCAUGACUCGCUUCAAAGAUAUCGAGACCCUGGAGUGGUCCGUCCUUCGCAUGGCGCUGGCCGUAUUUUGCAAGCGGGAGCUCGAACAUGGAGAUCUUGUCGACUGCCCGGAGCUUCUCGCUCGUCUUCACGAGAUCUUCACGGCCCACCUGCCGCCCCGGGUGUCUCCAGGCUGGUUGGUGCAGUUGCCAGUGCGCUCGUUUGAUCCAGCGAUUCUGCUAUGGCUGUGGCGGAUUUCGGCAAAGUCCUGGUGCUUCGAGAACAGCGCCAAGCGGGCGACUUGGAGUCUGCUGCAGAGUUGCUGGAGCUCGUCCACGGCCUUGACGCCGACACAUGAAGAGAUUGUACAUGUUCUGACACACAAUGUCGAUGGGAUUCGCGUUACUAUGAGCAUCCUUGCUGGCAUACGCCCAGUGGACGAGCAUGAUCGAGCGUUUAGGAUUCUUGUCUGGUUCGUGCGGAUCUAUAUCCGGACCAACGUGGAUCCGCAAGCCAAGGUUGAUAUCCUGGCCACCGUGGCCGUGCAGCUGCACGAACUCCUGUCAAGCGAGCCUCCAAUCCCAUGGCUUUGCGACUUGACUUGUCUGAUGGCGAAGGUGGCCAACUCGCUCUGCACAAACGGGCACACACUUUGGCGGCAAGCAAGCAAUCGACUCCGACCAAGCGUCUUGUGUGAAGCUGCAACCAGGCAGCUGAGCCUUAUCCUCAGAAUCGAAGGAACAAGUACACGCUCCGAGUCAAAGUGGACAAUCCAGCCCGUUCAACCCAGUCCACUGAGGCUUCUCAGUAUCUUGAACCACUUGACUGUCUUGGUCGGCCUUGACGACUCGGGAAACAUUGGGGUUGCAGUUUGCAGGCAUGCUGUUCUGCUCGAAUACUUGCAAAAGACCUUCUUUGUGGAUGAUGCCGAGCAGACCUUGGGCAUAGAAGUGGGCGACAGUUCGUCGGCACUCAGCGCAGGACGAUACGCUCUUUCGACAUUUCAAGCAGCCACAGCGGUGCUGUUUGCGGCUCUUAUGAGCAGAUCGCGCGAGGUACGGCAUAUGCGAUCGAGAUCCGAGUCGAAUUUGCACUCGAUACAACCUGGACCCGAACCCGUUGGACCAUCCUGCCGCUCAACCCCUGAGCUGAUCAUGCAAUGCUUCGACAGCCCAUGGCGGUGCUGUUCCAGACAGCUUCCCUGAAGAAAGUCGUGGCGUGCUUGGUGCAAAUGCUGGAUUGCAGUAUCGACUCUAGUGCCAUUCCACUCUGUGCCGUGCUCAAGAAUUACUUGCU